AUGGACAUUAAGAUCGCUAAUACUUUAGGACGAUUAUGUGUGGCGCAAGGAAAUGUAGGAUUGGCUUUGGAAUGUUAUGAAAAGCUAGUCGAUAUGAUCAUUAAACUUAAAGGAGACGGCGCUGUCCAGCUUAUUCCUAUUUACUGGGAGAUUGGAAAUAUAUCCUUAAGAGAAAACAAUAAAAUGCUCGCUAAGGGAAGUGGUAAUAUGAAAAAAGUGACAGAAGCUUAUUUACAAGCUUAUAACGUUGCUGUUGCACGUUAUCCAGCUAAAUCUCCUCAGAUCGCCGACGCUUCUUAUCGAUUAGGGAAGGCAUAUCUAUUGGAGAAGUCUACUGAAUCAGAAACUUUAGCAGAUGAAUAUCUUCAGCGAAGUUAUGAAAUUUAUUCCAAACAUGAUGGAUCAAGCUCGAACAAGUGCAUAAAAAUCCAGGAAGCGAUUGUGAAAUUGAGGCCCCUCGUCGAGACCAAGCGCAAAGCUUUCGGAGAAGAUAGCAUUGAGGUAGCAAAUUCAUAUAAACUACUUGGAAUAGUAAAUCUGUCUCAGGGUGAAAUGUUAAAGGCAAUUAAACCACUUACUAAGUGUCUAUAUAUAUAUCGAAAUAUCCUCGGAUCGACUCACAAAAAGACCGAAGAAGUCGAAAGUAUGGUCGAGAUGAUUGCUAAAUUGCGUAAUAAUACAUUUGUUAAGAUGAUUCCAGAUCCGAAUUCGCAUGGAAAAAUAUAA